CCGGGUUUGAUCGAGCAGUUUUCAGUGUGUUUAUCAUUACUCUGAUUAAACUUCAUUUUACCGCCCUCAUCUGUACUUUACUGUUAUCUCCAGUGUCUGUUCAGAGCGGAUUUUAUUUCAGCUGUGUGUUUGGGGAAUAUGAGCUGAAAUGCCGUCCGUGUCCACUCGAGUGAAGGAUUUGUAUCUGUCCACAUCACUGGGGGAUUUGAACAAGAAGGCAGAAGUCAAACCAGACAAAAUCAGCACCAGAAACUAUGUCCAGAGUGCGUGUAAGAUCUUCAAGGCAGCUGAGGAGUGUCGUCUGGACCGCGAUGAGGAGAAAGCUUACGUGCUGUACAUGAAGUAUCUGACUGUCUAUGACUUCAUCAAGAAAAGACCGGACUUCAAACAGCAGCAGGAAUUCUUCCUGUCUAUGCUGGGACCAACUAGCUUUAAAAAAGCUAUAGAGGAAGCAGAGAAACUUGCAGAGAGUCUAAAACUCCGGUAUGAGGAAGUGGAAGUGCGGAAAAAGCUUGAAGAAAAAGAUAGAAAAGAGGAAAUGAGUCGAAGAGAAGAAAGGGCAGAGAAAGAUGGACGUGCUUCACCUAGAGGACCAUCAGAAAAGAAGGACAAUAAGAAGGUUAAAGACGAACCCAAUAACAGUAAGAGCGGAUGUGAUAAAGGCAGUAUCAGUGCAGAGGGUUUAUUUCAUUUGAUGAAGGACCCCAGUAUCAGUGUGCUGGUGAUGGAUGCUCGGAGCAGACAGGACUUUGAGGAGUCGCAGAUGUGUGUUCCGUCUCAGACGUGUAUCAGUGUACCUGAGGAGGCCAUCAGCCCAGGGGUGACGGUGAACCAGAUUGAGGGGAAGCUACCUGCAGCGUCACUUUGCGAGUGGAAGCGACGAGGGUUUGUGGAUUAUAUUAUUCUGUUGGACUGGUUCAGCAGCGUCUCUGAUCUCAAACUGGGCACCACGUUACAGAGCCUGAAGGAUGCUCUCUAUAAAUGGGACAGCAGUACUAUCCUGCGCAGUGAGCCGUUGGUGCUAGAGGGAGGAUAUGAUAACUGGCUGCUCUUUUACCCCAUGUACACCAGCAAUGCUAAAGUGAAACCACCCAGACAGCAGAUGCCCAGCACACUGCCACAACUAAACUUUACAUACCCUUCUCUGGAGGAGCCCAAACCUGUGAUUGUGCAUGAAGAGCCUGCAGCUCCAGUGCAGCUCAAUGGAGAGUGCAAAACUUUGGACAAGGAACCCGCAACAGAAUCCCCUGCAAACACACAAACACACACACCACUGCCACAGCCUGCUCCCCCCACAAGCACAGACACUGUAACACUGCCCUCCGCCUCGCCCAGACACACUCCACAGAUCGAUCGCUCUAAGAAGCCACCAGUGAAGCUGUCGAGUGCAAAGGUCAGCGAUAAGCCUGCAGCGAACGACAUCCCUGUGGAACACAAUGGACUAAUGAUGCCCGACCGCUCCAUCAAACCCAACCUGGACCCAUCCAAAGCUCUGAGCGAGGAGGAACGCAGGGAGAUCCACGCCGAGACCCUCAGUCUGAUGGAGAAGGCUCGUAAAGAACAGGAACAACGCAAGCGAGCUCAGGAGGAGAUGAGAGAGAGAGAACAGCGAGCCAGAGAAGAGAAAGAACACAGAGAGACAGAGGAAAGACGACAGAGAGAAGAAGAGGAGAAACAGCAGGAGAGAAAGAGAAUGGAGCGACAGACUGCAGAAGAGGAGGAUCAUGGAGAAAUGGAGAGAGACGAGAAGAGCAGAAAAGUGCAAAAGGACAUUGCACUGGACGCGCAGAUGAAGAGCAUGUCACUGGAUUCACCUGUACCUUUCAGCACUGUGAGCGACAACAAGAGGGAGCUUCUGACACGAGCACGCAGUGAGGAAAUGGGCCGAACAGUACCUGGGUUACCCGAUGGCUGGAUGAAGUUUCUAGACACGGUGACGGGCACCUAUAGAUAUUACCACUCGCCCACCAACCGCGUGCAUCUCUACCCUCCAGAGGUCAACACGCCUCAAAUCCCACCCAGCACGCCUCCCACACCCAAGGCCAAGCCGCCACAACCUGCAGAGACUGAGAAAGAGAAAGAACAUGAGCGGGAGAGAGAGAGGGAGCAGUCCAAACUGAAACGAUCAUACUCGUCUCCUGAUAUCAGUCAGGAGCUCAAUGCAGAAACAAGCAGGAAACCUGGAGCUGUACCUGCAAUUAACAGAGAAAACAAGCCUCUGACCGCAGCCACAUAUGCUAAGGUCGAGAUCGCACGCCCGUCUGCAGCUAAGAUCCGGAAUUUAAAUCCAGUGUUUGGGGGUCAGGGCCCGUUAUUAACAGGCCUUCGUAACCUCGGCAACACCUGCUACAUGAACUCCAUCCUCCAGUGCCUGUGUAACACUGUUGCCAUGGCAGAAUAUUUCACCAGGAAUUACUACCAAGAGGACAUUAAUCGGGCAAAUAUUCUGGGUCAUAAAGGUGAGGUGGCCGAGGAGUUCAGUGUCAUUAUGAAGGCGCUGUGGUUGGGACAGUACAAAUGCAUCAGCCCGCAGGAUUUUAAAGGCACCGUCUGUAAAAUCAACAACCGCUUUUCCAGCUAUGAGCAUCAAGAUUCACAGGAACUGCUGUUGUUCCUCAUGGAUGGACUGCACGAAGAUCUCAAUAAGGCAAACAAACGCAGAGGUUAUAAGGAAGAAGACAUCGAUCAUCUGGACGAUGUGAGCGCUGCAGAACUGGCCUGGUCUAAACACAAGCUACUGAAUGAGUCCAUCAUCGUUGCUCUGUUUCAGGGCCAAUUUAAAUCCACGGUUCAGUGCAUGAGCUGCCAACAUAAGUCACGCACAUUUGAGACCUUCAUGUACCUCACGCUGGAGAUGACGUCCAGCAGCAAGUGCUCUCUACAGGAUUGUUUAAAGCUGUUUUCGAAGGAGGAACGUUUGACGGACAGUAACCGGUUCUACUGCCGACACUGCAAAACACACCGAGACGCCAUCAAGAAAAUGCAGAUCUGGAAAGUUCCGCCAAUUUUGCUAGUGCACUUGAAACGAUUUAAAUACGAUGGCCGGUGGCGAGAAAAGCUCCAGACAUUGGUUGAUUUUCCGCUGGAUAAUCUGGACCUAUCGCAGUAUGUCAUUGGGCCCAAACACAACCUGAAGAAAUACAACCUGUACGCUGUGUCUAAUCAUUAUGGCGGGAUGGACGGCGGUCAUUACACAGCAUACUGUAAGAACCCGCUCAAACAGCGCUGGUACAAGUUUGAUGAUCACGAGGUGUCUGACAUCUCCGCCUCCUCCGUCCGCACAGCAGCGGCCUACAUCUUCUUUUACUCCUCCUUUUGAGGGAAACAAACCGGUCGUCACCAUGGUGACCAGAAGUGAUUGACGCACGUUUGAAUUGCAACUGUGUGAGGACUCACAGAAUCUUCUGUUGAGAGAACACUCUCUCUCUCUAUCUCUCUCUCUCUCUCUCUCUCAGUGGCUGGUACCGCAGUGUCCGGUCUGUAGGACUGUAGCGAGGUGUGAACACAGACUCAGGUCUCACUCGCACUCAAGAGUGUCUUUCUGCUUCUUAAACUCAUGGCUGGUCUGGUCAUUAAGCAGGACCUGUAUGCGAUUAUACGUCAAUAUAUAUACAUAUAUAUAUAUAUAUAUACAUACACACACACACACAUGCUGUAAUCCAAACAGCUCAUCAGGCAUGCACACAUGUUUUAUUUAUUUAUAUAGUGACCAAAUAUUUCCUGCAAAAAUGCAGUACGGGUCUCUGGCCAGGUGUUGCCGGAUCCGAAGUAAACAAAAAGACUCUUGAUAAGAAACAACUGAAAUCCCAUCAUCACUACUAAGGGUUUGUUUCUGACAUUCUCAUAAAAACUUUUAUCAUAUGACUUUACUCAGAAACCCACUUAAUCACAGUCACAAUAGAGCUGUUAUGGUUGUAGUCCAAAAACCAGGAAGAGAAUUAGCAUUUUCAAGCCAUAGAUUUCCUCUGGGUUUUCCUAUGGGGUUUAAUUAUGCCAGUUUGGGAUUUAUAAGUAAAAUAAGGUCUGUGGUAAAUAUUACUUAAAAAUACUUGGAUGUUUUGUUCUACAAAAUAUAUCGCAUAAUACAUCAAACGAUAAUUUUGAAGCCACCGUGUUUUUUAAUGUUGCUAGAGAGAACUACAAUGGUUUUCCAUUUCGUUUUCGCACAUUUACUCACAUGCUUGUGGAAUUUGUAGUCCUUAUCUAGCAACUCGUUAGCAACAUAGAUAUUUUAAAAACACAGUGGCUUUAAAAUAGACGUUUGAGGGAUGAUUGUUUGUAAUUGUAUGUUGUACAUCAAAAUAGGGCUGCACAAUUAAUCGAAAAACGAAUCGCGAUUACGAUUACGGCUGCCACGAUUAUGUAAUCGUGAAAACUGACGAUUACAGCGUUCAAUUUAAAUCUGCUCCUGUUGCGUCAGUGGUUUCUGUUUACAACGUGUUUUUGCAGCGGUUGAGUACAACAUGUCUGUUGAGUAAUGAAACGGCAAUGGCCAAUCAGAGCCGCUUAAAUGAGUCCUCCGUCCCAUCAGUAAUGACAACUGAUCCUAAUGCGCAAGUUUUAAACCGUCUGAAUGCCCAGUUGCUGUAUGUUCCACCUCUGUUCGCAGUGGCACACGAAAAUUAAUACUGAAGAAACAUCACCUGACACUUGAAAAGAAGCUGUAGAACAAGAGCGAAAAGAACUUUGGAAUUAUUUUGGGUUCAUUGCAUAUUGCACAGCUCACUUUGAACAUAGAUGUUAAAUACACUGCAAAUGAGCAACAAAACUAAAACACUCCUGUUCUAAUCAAGGCAUAGAAGCUGUGUAAAUAACUGAUUUAUUAUGCGGAUUAAACAGCUUUGUUUUUAAUGAGAGCGUUCGCGAGAGUGCAGAACACUGCAGAGCGUCACUGAGCUUGUGUGGAAAUGCAGGUCUCAAACAGUGUAAACCUGCAGUGAGUGACAGCUUCAGUCAUUGCAAUGGGAGAGUUUGUCGCAUUGCUCGAUUUCUGUGUACAAUUUAUUAAAAAUGCUAUAACAGUUUUGUAUUGUCAUGUUAAUAAUAGGCCAAUGUGAAUUUGAUUUGUACAAAAUAGCAAUAAAGUAAUUCAGCUUAAAUGUUCCAAGUUUGUUUUGGAGGUGUAGCCAACAUAAAGAAUAUGGUAUGAAUAGCAUAUUUCAGGAAUCACUGUCAUUUUUAUCACGUCUGCUGUAAUAAGACCCAUUUGUCACGCAGCUGGUAUUGGUAGAUUUAACAUUUUCACGAAUUGCACAAACUCCGAUCGCAAAUGACUGUUUUUAAUUUCCAAAGUGCACCACUGAGGCCUAAAAUGAUCUAACAAUGAUCUUACAUGAACAAGAUCACCACUGAAGAUCUAACGGGAUCAAUGGUCCCCUGUCUCGCCACCAAAGGGCUCACUGAACAUAGGAACAUGGUCAAUUUAAAUCGGCUGUUAAUAAGUUUGAAUAUUGAAUAUGUCAUAUUAUUUACUGUACGUGGACUAAUAAUUUAAGCAGUAAUUUAGCAAUAAUUUAAUUUAUUCUAUACCAUAGAUAUCCAUUUAAAAUAAUUUUUAUUUGGCCUAACAUUAACAAACAUUAUUACAAUAUUUAAUGCUUAAAAGAAACUGGAGCGCAGCUCAUAUCCACCUUUGAAAUCUGCUACUCUGAAGAACCGCAUGUGACGUCACGGUAAUUUAAUAUUUUAAUCGACAUUAAUAAUCGCGAUUACAAUAUCAAGGGCAAUAAUCGACAAUUAUGCUUUUUGCUAUAAUCGUGCAGCCCUACAUCAAAACAUCCCAGUAUCUUUAAGUAAUUUAUAUCACAGACCUCAUUUCACUCAUAAAUUGUAAAAUCCCAUUAUAAAAACCCAUUAAACUUCGGGGUUUGCCAACAAAUUGAGGUCACAGCUGAACAGCUCUAAUCACACAUACUUAACUGCAGUUAAAAUGUAAUUAUGUUAAGGAGUAAAGUACACCUGUGGGCCCUAUCCUAUAGUGUUCAGGGGUCUUUAGGGGAGCCAAAGGUGAAUCUCAUAAAGGAAUUGUCCAGAAGUCCAGAUCACAUUUCACCCUUAAAGGGAUAGUUCACCCAAAAAUGAAAAUUCUCUCAACAUUUACUCACCCUCAUACCAUCCCAGAUGUUUAUGACUUUCUUUCUUCUGCUGAACACAAAUUAUGAUUUUUAGAAGAAUAUUUCAGCUCUGUAGGUCCAUACAAUGAAAGUGAAUGGUGACCAGAACUUUGAAGGACCAAAAAGAACAUAAAGGCAACAUAAAAAUAAUCCAUACGACUCCAGUGGCUAAAUCCAUGUCUUCAGAAGUGAUAUGAUAAGUGUGGGAGAGAAACAGAUCAAUAUUUUAGUCCUUUUUUACUAGGUGGCGAUAUGUACAAAGAAUGUGAAUCGCCAAAAACAAAAGAAGAAUGUGAAGAAGAAGAAGAAUGUGAGAAAGUGGAGAUUUAUAGUAAAAAAAGGACUUAAAUAUUGAUCUGUUUCUCACCCACACCUAUCAUAUCGCUUCUGAAGAUGUGGUUGCAUUGUAUGGACCUACACAGCUGAGAUAUUCUUCUAAAAAUCUUCAUUUGUGUUCAGUAGAAGAAAGAAAAUCAUACAUAUCUGGGAUGACAUGAGGGUGAGUAAAUGAUGAGAGAAUUUUCAUUUUUGAGCUAUCAAAAAUCAAAAUGAUUUUUUUAUACAUAUUUUGUCUGUAUUAAGAACACUUUACAAGUUUUUGCAUUGUGCCAUUUUCAUAAUUCAUUACAUUAACUGUGAUGUAUCCACACGUUAUACUUUUUUUUUCUAUUUUUUUUUUAUUAUAUUACAGUAAAAAAAUACUAUGAUUUAAAUGAGCAUUAAAGGCAGCGCAACAAGUGCUACCCUGAUGUAUAAAUACAUAACAAUUGAAAUCAAUGUAUUUUUUGCAUUACGGUAGUAAGAAUGUAAUUCUUUUAAAUUACGUUAACGAGAUUUUUGGGAGACGGUGUGCUUCUUUGUCAUGAAAAUAAUGUCACAAUGCAAAAAAAAUUAAUGGUCCUAAUAACAGCCUUUUUUCUAUAACGAAAAUAUAUAAUUUACUCAAAACAUAAUUUCUCUUUUUUUUUAUUUUUAUUUUGGGGUGAAAUAUGAGUAGUUUUUGACAGCUUUUGUGAGAUUCACCCAGGAAGUGGAGGUGUGCUUUACAGACUAAUGACAACAACAUUAGGCCUAACUCUCACUGGACUACUUUACAGUAAAUAACAUUCAUUAAACUGAAUACAUUUCCAACUAAAGUCAGAGUUGAUUAAAUUCCCUAGAGUAGUAUUAGUAGGUUAGAACACUUAAUAAGGGCGUUUUUGAUUAUAUACUCUAAAGGUAACUGUGACACAGAGCUGUCUUGCUCUCUCUCUCUUCCUCUCUCUCUACUAAUAUUACUCUGAAUUAAAGCUGCUUUGUCGUCACUAAAUUUGCAAUUAUAAAAUAAAAAUUCUGCCUUUAUCAAACCAA